AGGAUAAAGAGCCUUGUUUUAGCUAAACCCGACACCAUUUUAGCUUACAGUUUGACGGACGCGGUCCGGGUCUCUGGCCGGUGAGAUUUUCUGUUUACCGGCGGCGGUGGAUUUUUUCACUUUAAAGCGUGGCGGGGGGAUUAACGAGCGAGCUGGUUCUAUAAAUGUCGGAUUUCAUUAUUUGUCGGCCUAUUGAGAAGAAGAGGCGGCGGCGGGGGCGAGACGAGCCGAGACGGGGUCCGCGAGGAGGGUGCAUACACAAAAUACUUUCCCUUUAAAGCAGCGGAGAGGGACAGAGGGGGAGAAGAAGAGAUAAAAAAAGAAAAGGAAGAAAGACAGAGAGGGAGGGAGGGAGAGGGAGAGAGAGAGGGCGAGAGAGGGAGCGAAUUUGAAAAAAAGAGAAAGAUGUCACCCUGUCGAUUGAAACGCCGAGGCGGAGCCACGGACCGCGGCCGAGCAGGAGCGCUCUAGUUAGGGGACGAGCUCUACGCGACGCCGAGGCUUGGAUCCCGACGCCGCGGCCUUUUUUUUUUAUUCGGAGCUAUCGCAAAAUAAACGAGUCCCGAGCUGCUGCUAUGAUUGUGACCGCUCAUCUUCUGUAUCAAAAUAAUCUCUAUUUUGCAUGCAAUUCACCAAAUUUUAUUACAGUAGACAUAAGCAGAUUAUAUUAAAAGUGCACCAUUAAAGAAAGCAUGACAACAACCAUUCUGUCGCAUUUACUAAAUUGUCAGUGCCUGUUUAUUGCCAACAGAUGAUUAACUCAUAACUAAUCACUAAUAAGUGUAGGUCGAUUUUUUUUUUUAGCUCAACAUCGUCCGGUGUCACCACAAUUUUUUAUUUUUUUUGCUUCUUCCAUGAAUUAAGCCGAGCAGGUAGAGCUGCGAUACAGGCCGCAGAUUGUGUUUUCAUAGCAGCACUCGGGGCUUUUCUCCUGGGCUCCGUGGCCCUCCUCCCUCCCCGCUUCGGUCCCGGGCCGCUUCUGUUUGUCAGGAUGGACACCUCCUGGAGCAAUUUCCUAUUUCAGACGCCGUCGACUCAGAGUCAACCUGAGACGCCGCUCCAGGCCGAGCUGCUGCCCGAGCUGACCAGCUCGGCCCAGAGUCCUCCAGCGGAGCACAUCGUGACGCCGCCGUCCACCGUCGACACCGCCGCCCUGAGCGAGGAGCCCCUACCUGUCAAACCCCUCCCCAAGCCGAGUCGGCCGGCCCACAUCUGCGCCACCUGCAACAAGGAGUUCAAGAACAGCUACAACCUGCGGCGGCACCAGUCGGUGCACACGGGCAUCAAGAUGAAGGACCGGGCGGCCCGGGAGAAGGAGGACGGGGCCAAGGGGGGGCGGGUGGAGAAGCAGACGGUGCCCCUGUCCCUCCUCCAUCUCACCCUGCCCCCGCAGCCCCAGCCGCCCCCUCCUCCCCCCGCCGCCGUCGCGCAGGAUGCCCUUCCCCAGCCCGGUCAGCACGGCAACCAGGAGACCCAGCCGGUCUCUGUGUCCAUCGCCCCGGCAACUGUAACCAUGGCCGCGCCUCCUCAGCCCAUCCAGACAGCUGUUGUUGUUGUGGGGUCUAUGGAGCAGAAUCCCAAUCCCAAUCCCAUUCCCAACACCAACCAGGUGAGGAAGAACCACGCCUGCGAGGCUUGCGGAAAAGCCUUCAGGGACGUCUACCACCUCAACCGACACCGACUGUCCCACUCGGACGAGAAGCCGUACUCCUGUCCCAUCUGCCAGCAGCGCUUCAAGAGGAAAGACAGAAUGAGUUACCACGUGCGUUCACACCAAGGCGGCGUGGAGAAACCCUACGUCUGUCCACACUGCGCCAAGGCCUUUUCUCGACCAGACCACCUCAACAGCCACGUCCGGCAGGUGCACUCCACAGAGAGACCGUUCAAGUGCACGACGUGCACGUCGGCGUUCGCCACGCGGGAUCGCCUCCGCGCUCAUCUGAUCCGCCACGAGGAGAAGGUGCCGUGCCACAUCUGCGGGAAGCUUCUGUCGGCCGCCUACAUCACCGACCACAUGAGGGUCCACAACCAGUCGCAGCACCACGCCUGCCACCUCUGCAACCGCAGCUUCACCACCCUCACGUACCUGCGCGUCCACGCUCAGAAGCACCACGGUCAGGAGUGGAAGGAGAGCGGCGGGGCGCGGGGGGGCUUCGGCGGGACGGGCGCCGGCGGGGUGCUGCUCUGCCAGCUGUGCGGGGUGCAGUGCAAGACGGCCACGCAGCUCCAGGGUCACAUGGGCACCCACACCAACCAGGGUGACCCGGGGCCCGACCCGACGAGCGCGGGGCCCGUCGGCACCACCAGCGUGGCCGUCACUGUGUCCAGCGCGAGCACGGUGGGACUGCUGGUUACUGACUGCUCCAGUAUCGCCCCGCAGCCCCACAGCUAGCACGCUGCGAGGGCGAGGGGAGGGAGCUGGGGGUGGGCGACGGGUGGGGUUCGGGGUUCGGGGGAUGGAGGCGCGGGGAGGUGGUGGGUGAGUCGAGGAAAAGGCGACGUGGAGGAGAGGACCGGACGACGGUCCAGAUGAUUUCUUCUCCGACUGCCUCACUGAUCAGGAGAAUCUGCCGUUUGAAGAUUUCAGGAGGACAGAGACCUUUUUGUUUUGUUCUGUGAAGCCCGACUGAUCCGACAGACACACAGCCGACUGUACAGAAGAGAGACAAUUAGGGAACUUCUGUUUGUUUAUUAAAGAGGAUAAUUAGUGUGUAUUUUUACUCACAUGGCUUAGCAGUUAGACAUGAACUCAUCGUUUUACUUUCCACCUGACUUGCACAGCCUCUCAUGAUUUUGUAAAGCCGCCGCUGUUUUUACACCAUUUAUAUUCCAUGAAAUCAGUGUUUGUUUCUAAUGAGACCUCAGUAACAUGACUUAUCUCAAUCCCUCCUAAUUUAUUGCAGAACAGUUUUGCCAGUUUGCCUUCAUCAGAUCCUUCAGAGCAGAGAAACUUACAGGAAACGUGUUUCAGAUGGGCCACCGUGUAGAUAAAGUUUAUACAGCUGAUAAAGGCAAACCCAUAGUUGUUUGUGAAUAUUCCCCAUGAACACUGAAUGUGCAUAACUUCUCUGCUUCAUGAUCUUUGUUCUUACUCUGGAUGCUGAUUUGUAACUCUUUGAACUUGCCAUGUAUUUGUAGCUACCUUGGUGACACAUUUUCUGUGGCUGUGCAGAUUGAUUGUACUUGAUGCAUAGUGCAUAGUUACUAUUACUGUAUUAAAAGGCAGUGAAAUGCA